UCUGAAGGAAAGGCCGAAAGCGGGGUUUGUACGUGAGCCUGUUCAGAACAGCUGCUCCCAAGUCUUGGUAAUUACAAGGCUUAUCAAGUCGUGUUUAGCUUUGACUAUAUUUAUUAAACCGGGAAGAGCAGUGUCACCGGAGCUUGAUUGGUCCUGUCGAAAUUUGAAAUUUGAGAAUCAGAGGUCGCGCGUCGUCGCAGCAAGAGACGUUACAAGUUCCUCAACUGUUGUUAAGAUUUGAAUUCGUCGAGUUCGAAUUUGGGACCUGCUGUAAAGUGACGUCGAGCAAAGUGAAUCCCAUUUGUCCAGCGCGGACAGCUGCCAUAGAAUUUGAAUUAGGACAGUGUCAAAGCAUGAAUAUUUGGCCGAUGACUUAAAUCUUCAUAUAAUUUCUCAAGAUUACAGUGGUAUUUACCGGAACGAUUAACUACGGUAUAUAUCGGUGAAUUUUUACGUACACAUAUAUGUAGUUUACAUUUAACACAGUGUAAUAUCUGUGCUGCCGGUUUAGUUAGUAUUUUGUGUUCUCGAAUUGCGCAAAUCGUGUUUAUCGAUAAAGUAUAUAGAGAGAUAGGACAAGCAUGAGUAAACUAACGGGUGGGAAAGCGUCGCAUAUUGCUGAGAAAUUUCAUAAGAAUUGGAAAGAGCGUCGACAGAACAGUGAAGGCUUUGACGAAGAUCAAAAUGAGCUGGAUGAUAGCUUAACAAACUUACAAUGGCUUCAUAACAUAACUGUUCUGGACAUAGCCCCUGUAUCGUGUGAUAUUGAUGUAGCUUCUUCAUCCAAUGCGAGUCCCCGUUCGUCCGAAUAUGAUCCAGCCGAAGAUACAUUAAGCGAGAAGUCUGAUUGGGAAGUAACAAAACAGGAUAAUAAGAUCGAUUACCAUUCGGACCUCUCUCGAAAACCGCCGUAUUCUUAUGCAACGCUUAUCUGUAUGGCGAUGAGAGAGACGAAGAAAAACAAGAUCACUCUGAGCGCUAUUUACAAGUGGAUAAGAGAGAAUUUCGUUUACUACCGUCAUGCUGACCCUACUUGGCAGAAUUCAAUCCGUCACAAUCUUUCAUUAAACAAAUGCUUCGUUAAAGUUGCGCGACGAAAGGAUGAACCAGGUAAAGGAGGAUUUUGGAAAAUCGAUCCAGCUUAUGCCGACAUGUUUGUUGAUGGCGUUUUCAAGCGACGACGAAGCUCCACGAAGACACAACAAAAGGCUGUAAAUGGAAUGAACGAUAAACCACGAAGCAGGUCCACGUCCAGUUUACAUUUGACAAAGCGGUCGACUCCUUGGAACGAUAUCGCAACAGAUUCUGCGAAGAGAAUACGCGCGUUGGAGAAGCCCAACUUGAACUAUUAUCGUCAUAAUGAUGUAACUGAAACUUACUAUGAAGAGGAACUGCCACCUUUUCCCAGUGGCUUGAAACAAGAUUUUGACUGGAAUUCGGUGCUUGCUGAAAAUGAAGGCGAAAUUAAUCUGAGGGAUGCUUUGGAUUCUCAAGGAAUAAUAAUUGAUCAUAAUUUUCGUGUACUUAAUAGUCCAUUUACGUCGUUCACUCCUGCAACUCCGCCACGCAGUGAAGUCUUCGUGCCAGAAGAUAAAUUAGAUUUGACAAUUCAUGGAGUGGGGCUUUUUCCCAACCACCGCAUGCCGCCAUCGCCACCGCGCAUGAUGAGUGACCAUCCCUGGGCGGAGGAAUCUCCCAAUGACGUCAUGGUGUCACUGGAUUACCUUAUCAAUCAUGAUAUUGAAUUUUAAUUGAAUUAGGUAUAAAUAAUAAAACUUUUUAUGUGUGACUAUCAAUACCUUGCCCUUUUACUGAAAUGAAGACUUUUCAAAAGAAUCAGGACUCUUCAAAAAAAUCAAGACACUGCUUUAAUGAAAAAUUCAUCUUGUGUUGUUAAACAACGCAUGCUUUUUAAGACAAAUCAAGAAUCGCAUCAUAAAUUUAAAAUGUCAUUGUUUGUAUCAUGGUGACCACAUCAUCAUCCUUAAAUAUAGUCUAUAAAAAUAUUACUAUAGCGUAUAUUCUAUGGGACAUUUGCUAUCGAUUGGACAAAUUCCUAUAUUCGUUCAGCAAAUGAUAAUAGCAUGUACUUUUACUGAGCAGGUCUUCGUACAAAUAUGUAUAUAAUGUAUUUAUAAUAACUGAUAAUAUUUUUGCUGUGUAAGUAAACGCAUUUUGCCUAAGUUAUUAAGCUUCUAUUAUGUAGGUAUUAACAUUCAUCUUUUGAAAUAAAUUUGAUAUAAAACGUG